CCGCCGCAGCUCACGGCCUCACGCAGCUGUGUGGACGCGACCCCAAAUUCGAAAUUGGCCAACGUCUCGUCGCCUCCGCUCCUCAUUUCAAACCAAAUCCCAAUCUCAGCUGCCGCCCCCCUCCACCACCGCCGUCUCCGAUCCGCCAUCGCCUCCGCCCAACCCAGACGCGGGAGUUCUCCUCCGCCUCCCUUGCACUUGCGAUGCUGUUGGACGGCGUCGACGACGAGCUCGGCGGCGGCAGCGCCGCUCCCUCACCCGCGCGGUUCGAGCUCCAGGAGGACCCCGCCUUCUGGAAGGAGAACAACGUGCAGGUUGUGAUCCGUAUCCGGCCUCUCAGCGGCAGCGAGAUAUCGCUGCAGGGGCAGAAGAGGUGCGUCCGGCAGGACAGUAGCCAGAGUCUUACGUGGACUGGUCAUCCUGAGUCUCGGUUCACUUUUGAUCUCGUUGCGGACGAGCAUGUCACGCAGGAGAAUAUGUUCAAGGUUGCUGGAGUGCCCAUGGUGGAGAACUGCAUAGCUGGCUACAACAGCUGCAUGUUUGCUUACGGGCAGACUGGCAGUGGAAAAACGCAUACAAUGCUUGGUGAUAUAGAAAAUGGGACACGGAGGAACAGUGCGAAUUGUGGUAUGACGCCUCGAGUGUUUGAGCAUCUAUUUGCUAGAAUCCAAAAGGAAAAGGAAAUAAGGAGAGAUGAAAAACUUAGAUUUACAUGUAAAUGCUCUUUUUUGGAGAUAUAUAAUGAGCAGAUUCUUGAUCUGCUCAACCCAAAUUCUGUAAACUUGCAGAUAAGAGAGGAUGCCAAAAAGGGUGUCCAUGUUGAGAAUCUGACGGAACAUGAGAUCUCCAAUGCUCGAGAAGCACUUCAACAACUAAUUGAGGGGGCAGCAAACAGAAAGGUAGCAGCCACCAAUAUGAACCGAGCAAGUAGCCGCUCUCAUAGUGUUUUUACUUGCCUUAUAGAGAGUAAGUGGGAGUCUCAAGGUAUCAACCACCACCGAUUUUCUCGACUCAACCUUGUUGAUCUUGCGGGCUCAGAGAGGCAAAAGAGCUCAGGUGCUGAAGGGGAGCGCUUGAAAGAAGCUACCAACAUCAACAAGUCACUCUCAACUUUGGGACUUGUCAUUACGAACCUCAUUGCUGUGUCGAACAAAAAAUCACACCAUGUUCCCUAUAGAGAUUCAAAAUUGACAUUCCUCCUCCAGGAUUCACUCGGAGGAAAUUCAAAGACGACUAUAAUUGCAAACAUAAGUCCAUCUUAUUGUUGUGCUGCUGAGACACUAAGCACAUUGAAGUUUGCUCAACGAGCUAAAUACAUAAGGAAUAAUGCUAUCAUUAAUGAGGAUGCCUCUGGUGAUGUUCUUAGCAUGCGCUUACAGAUCCAGAACCUUAAGAAAGAAGUUAGCCGUUUGCAAGGACUAGUGGGUUCUAAUAAAACUGAAGGCAUUGGUUCCCAUGGAUUUGUCUGUGAGUCUCCUAGCACGUUCAAAUGGGAUCAGGAUCAUGGCACAUUCAGUCCACUUAUUUUUGAUAAAAGGGCUACACAGACAAAUGAUUACGAUGCUGCCCUUGUCGCUGCUUUUAGGAGGGAACAAGAGAAGGAAGCACAAUUGAAGGCAACAAUAGCUGCAAAGCAGAUUGCUGAACAGCUGGCAGCUCAAAAGACAGAAGAGGUAAGAAGUUUCAAGAUGAGGCUUAAGUUUCGUGAAGAACGGAUCAAAAGAUUGGAGCAGGUUGCUUCAGGGGAAUUAUCUGCUGAAGCACAUCUUUUGCAAGAGAAGGAAAAUCUCGUGAAGGAGUUACAGGUCCUACGGAGUCAAUUAGAUCGCAAUCCAGAAAUUACAAAAUUUGCAAUGGAGAACCUGCAACUAAAAGAAGAGUUGCGAAGGUUGCAGUCAUUUGUUGAUGAAAGUGAACGGGAAAUGAUGCACGAGCAAAUAAUUAUUUUACAAGAUAAGCUGCUAGAGGCUCUUGAUUGGAAGCUUAUGCACGAGAAGGAUCCUGUUAACAAGGGCCUCUCAUUAUUUGGGGAGUCAGCUGGUGAUGAGGAAAAUGAAUUUCUUCGGUUGCAGGCUAUUCAGAAUGAGAGAGAAAUUGAGUCAUUGCGUAAAAAAUUGACCUUUUGUGUCGAAGCAAAGGAGAACCUUGAGAGGCGUGUUGAUGAACUAACCAUGGAGUUGGAGCUCACAAAGAAACAUGAUGGCAAAAAUAAUGAGUGCAAGGCUGUAGAGCUCCAGGAGCAAGGAGAGGAAGGUUUGCAUGAUGAACUUAAGACUUUGGUUGACGCAAUAGCUUCUGCAAGUCAAAGGGAAGCAGAAGCCCAUGAAACUGCAAUUGGUUUGGCCAAAGAGAAUGAAGAAUUGAGGAUGCAACUUAAGGUUUUGAUUGAGGAUAACAAGAGAUUGGUUGAGCUAUAUGAACAUGCUGUUGUCAAUGUUGGGGCAAAUCAAGAUGAUAACUGCCUUACCAUUCCUGGAAAUGAACAUGCAUGUGAUCAGCAAGGCAGUCAUCCUAAUGCCCCACCAGUAGGCACAUCAGAUCUGCAUGCACACAACUCAUCCAACAUGGAGGAAGUGUCUAAGAUAGCGGAUGAGAAAUGCAUCAAUGAGGAUAACUUAUCAAGGAAUACAUGUUCUGAAUUGCGUCUUCAGCUGGAAGAGAUGCACGAGGAAAAUGAUAGACUUAUGGGUUUGUAUGAGAAAGCUAUGCAAGAAAGGGACGAAUUCAAAAGGAAGAUUUUAGAGCAAAGCAACUCUAAAACUGUAGAAGAGAUUCGGUCGGAUGACAAAGACGUUGAAAUGAGUGAAGUAGCAGAUCCUAAUAAUCUUGAAGUGAAACAUGUUCAUGACUCUACAAUUUUAGCUUUGAAAGAAGUGUUGCAGCUUGUUCGGGUUAAGCUGGAGCUUGUCCAAGACAAGGUCGUGUCUGCUCAGGAUGCAGUAAAAUACUUUGAGCUACUCGAAAGGGUUAGUAGUAAGGCGGAAGAAUUUUCUGCAAGCAUUCAGCUCGGUUGUCUAGAGCUGCAGCAUAGUCAGGAAGGUAUCAUUGCCUUGAAGUCCGCACUGUUGGAAUCACAGGGCAAGAAAGAUACUUUUGAGGGCAAGUAUUUCUUGCCUGCAGAAUCAUGUUGGAACUUGGAUUUGAAGACCAAAGCCAUUAUUUCAUCCAAGUUUGAUUCUAGCUUUGCAUUGAUGAAUCAAAAGCAGGAACAGUUGAAUCUUCUCCAAACUCGCAAAAGCGAACUAUCUACCAUGAGAAGAAGGUCACAUGAAUCUGAAACUGAGUUGCGAAGCAAAAUUGAUGGCCUUAAAAUGAAGCUUCGCUCUUAUGAAGCUCAAAGGAAGGAGGAAGAAAAGGUUCUCUUCGCUAUCGAUAAUCUGGAUACUUCUACUUCUUCGACACAUAGACCCAAGAAUUUUUGUAAGGCAACUGAUCUGCUGAAAUCUGAGGAGGAGCGGAUAAAGCUUUCAUGUGAACUGCAGAACUCUCGUGAACAGCUUCGCAUGGUUCAGAAGAAAAUAAAAGGCAUGCCGAAGUGUGAUGAUAUUGAUUGUGAGAUCGCACUCCUUGAAACAGAAAUAGAGGACUGCUGCCACUCCAUGAUGGAAGCUGACAUCGAGAAGUUUGUCCGUGACCAUAUGUUGGCAGAGAUUUGGGAGAGUGGGACGAAGGACAUGGAGGCCUUGCUGAUUGACUACCAGGACUGUGUUUUCCAUGUCUGGUUGAAAGAGGAAGAGAUCAAGAUGUGUGAGGAGUCCUUGCAUCAUCAAGUAAUGGGCUUGGAUGAACUGCACUCGAAGUUAAAUCAAGCGAUGCGGGAGCUGGGUGAGCUUCUGCAAGACAGAAGAAGCUUAACCUCUUGCCCUUUGGAUGAAUCCAUGCUGCCCAUUGGCGAAAAGGUGGCUACGGAUCUUCAGGCCGUCAGGACCUAUGUCACCGAAGCUAAACAGCUUUUGCUUCUCGACAGCCAAACCAAUUUGUGAACCCGAGCGACAAGCCUCAGAUUACUUCACUGAUGCAACGAUUUCAAAAUUUGCUCUGUAGGAUGGAAACAACCUGAAGCCCAAUGUUCUGAUUUUUUUUCUGCGGCCACCUAACCUCUAGUUGGCUAAGAUUAAGUCAUCAACAGGUCAUGCAGGCUACCACCGUAUACUAUUUGUUUCUCCAUCGGUGUACCCUACUAGGUGCAGGACAAACUGAUUUGACAUGAUACCGCAUCCAUGGAGGCUUGACCUUCUGUUUCUGUAACUCUCUAGAUUAGUAACAGCCAGUCAGUGGACUUAUAUUGUAUCAUAACUUAAAUCUGAACUAGAGUGGAUGCUGCCAUACUUUCAAGAAUGCGGCUCGCCAGCAUCAUGUAGAAAGCUUUCGGCCUGAUCCUGGCUUUUAUGACAAGUGUUAUUUUGCUGCAAACAGUGUGCCAGGUUUGUAGCGCGCUA